AUGUCUUCUACCCUAGUGCCUGAGACUUGCAAGGCCUCGAAACUAGAUGAAGACAACUUCGUUGCCUUUGGUCACGUUGCUGCUGGACAUGAUGGUGUCCUGUGCAAUCCUUCUGGUUCAUUGAUCGCCAAACCAUGUACUCCCCAAGAAAUAGAAUUCUACGAGUCUGCGCCACAGCACCCCGGCUUCUGGCGAUUUAUGCCCAAAUUCAUCGGGACCCUGUCGAACGGGACGCCACAGAUUGCCCUUGAGAUUCCAGGCGAUGAUCGUGUAGCGACCUUGGCCGCUGAUGCCGACCCGUCAGCCUGCUCAUCCGGGACAGAUACGCCUCUACCCCCACAGCUACGUAAACAAUCCAACCUUGUCGCCGCCCUAGUACCUGCGACCUCGAAUAGUGGGCAAGAAUGGGUCCCAUCCAGGGGACAUAAAAUCAACACCACAGUCUCUAUAGUCCUUGAGAACAUCGCUGCAGGAUUUAAGCGACCAAGCGUAUUGGAUGUGAAGCUUGGCGUCAGGCUGUGGGCGGACGAUUCCCCUUCUGCUAAAAGAGAUAGGUUGGACCAAGUGUCAAAGGAGACUACGAGUUCCGUGUUGGGAUUCCGUAUUGCCGGAAUGAAAGUGUGGGUGGGCAACGAGGGUGCGGAGAAAGAAGAAAAGGUCCUGGGAACCACGCAGACAAAAUCACACGAUACGGUAAAAUCCAAGCAGGUCAUUGUCGAAACAGUGGACGGGUACAGACGGUAUGACAAGUGGUAUGGUCGCUCACUUAACGUGGACAACGUCAAGGAGGGCUUCGAGAUAUUCCUUGCAGGCGCGAAGGCUGGCAAAAUCGACCGGUCGAAGCUGGUUGCUAGGAGAUUGGCGGAGGAGCUCCGCGCUAUACAGGCGGUCCUGGAGGCGGAGGAGAGCAGGAUGUAUUCUGCCAGCGUGCUCAUUGUUUAUGAAGGGGACCCGGAAGCGCUUGAAGAUGCCCUUGCCAAAGAAGCCAAAGACGACCAAAAUGAUAAAAAUAAUAAGAGUAAUGUAAAACUCUCCUUCGACUUGAUAUCCUAG